AUGCUUAUCCGGGAGAUGACGCUCUCGCAAUCUUUGAUCGAGGAGAGGGAGAAGUACUGCGUCAAACAGGAUGGUGCUGUACAUGUGCUAUAUCUCGCUCCAUCUGGUCAAACACCACCUGCAGUCGAAACUCUGAAACAGCAGACCACGGCAUUGCUCUCCGAAGAUGGCUGGCACACCCCCGCCCUUCCUAAACCUCCGAAGCUCCGGCAAGUAGGCAGAUCCUACGUCUACGCUCUUCCUCCCCCUCUCCUCUCCUCGCUCGAGCGCUCUCGCCGCUCAAUACCAGCAUGGGACGACCUUAUCGAGCUUCCCUCUCUUACGCUCUCCCACUUUGCAACCUCCGACUACUUGUCUACCCUCCUGCCCACUCCGAACCUAUGGACGCUCAUCCCCCAGCCACAUCUCCUGCCCUCGCCUCACCGUAUCCCCCAACUCCCACCUCCAUGCCCCAAGGAGUUCCACCCAAAGGAGAAGGUGUCACCCUACGCCAGAUCGACGUUGUACAUCCCCAUCUCCCGAAGGCCGCCAUAUGACGGGGUAUCACAAGCGAUGCUCUCCCCCACAUGGCCCCUUCCGCGACGCGUCGAUCCCUCGCCCUCGGGCGAGAAAUGGGAAUAUGGUCUGGUCAUAUGGACACCUCUGAGCAUACACAGGCUCUGGGCGUUCUUGAUCAAGAUACAGGAGAAGGGAAACUGUGGUCCUUUGGGGAUUUGUUACGUACCGUCCCAUCUCGCUUCUGUUGCGCAACGCAAGUCGUCCCUCGCAGUGCCGACCACCGACAGGCCGAAGAAGAGACCGAAAUCCGUCCAAGAUACUAGAAAGGACGACUGUGCGUAUGUCAAGGUGUAUUGCCCGACCGUGACGAGGGAAUGGUUGGUCCAUGCCCUGCGGAACUUCCCUGCGAGCCGGGAGGAAGGAAGCAGGAAACCACUGGGGCAUGCGAAGUUUGCAAGCGUUCAGGACGACGGCUCGGUCUUCGUAGGAUGA